CCAAAAAUAAAAAAACAAAAAACGGUCAAUUUCGAAAAAAACCCUAACUUCUCUACAAAACAAAACAAAACAAAAAUAACUAAACUGUACCUUUCUUUGAUCUAUCUCCUUAAACCUUCCUUCAAUCUCCCCUUCCUUUCUAUCUAUAUCUUUCAAAGCCUGCAGCUUUGUUCUUCUGUUCUCAAGCUCUCUAUUUUAGGUAUAUUUUUUUUAGAAAUCGCCAUCGCCUAUAAAUUCAUGAAUUUGUGCAUGGAAGCAACCAAAUUGUAAGUGAAAAAAAAUCAAAAUCUCUGAUUCAGUUUGUGUUUAUUUAUCUUAUUAUAGUUGUAGUAUUAAAUGGCUACAACAGAAGCAGCAGCUUCAACGAAAUUCAAGAACCCAGAUUUCAGGUCACAACUACCACAACAGCAGCCAAUUGAGUUUCAUAAAAAGAAUAGAGAAACGGAGACUGAGGAUGUCAAAUCAUCACAUGAUGGUCUUGAAUUUUGGCAAUUUAUGGUUGCUGGGUCAAUUGCAGGAUGUGUAGAACAUACAGCAAUGUUUCCAGUUGAUACACUAAAAACUCGUAUGCAAGCAUUAGUUUCAUGCCCAAAUCAAACAGUAGGUCUUAGACAUGCUUUUACAUCACUAAUAAAGAAAGAAGGUCCAUUGGGAUUUUAUAGGGGUAUUGGGGCUAUGAGUCUUGGUGCUGGUCCUGCUCAUGCUGUUUAUUUCUCUGUUUAUGAAUUCUGUAAAGAGUAUUUCUCUAAAGGAGACCCUAAUAAUUCUGCUGCACAUGCUGUUUCGGGUGUAUGUGCUACGGUUGCGAGUGAUGCUGUUUUUACACCAAUGGAUGUGGUGAAGCAAAGACUGCAAUUGAGUAGUACUCAUUAUAAGGGUUUAUGGGAUUGUACAACUAGGGUUUUGAAGGAAGAAGGAUUUGGGGCUUUUUAUGCUUCUUAUAGAACUACUGUUUUGAUGAAUGCUCCUUUCACUGCUGUUCAUUUCGCUACUUAUGAAGCUGCAAAAACUGGGUUAAUGGAGAUAUCACCAGAUACUGCUAGUGACGAAAGGUUAGUAGUUCAUGCAACUGCUGGUGCUGCUGCUGGAGCUUUAGCUGCUGCAGUCACAACUCCACUCGAUGUUGUCAAGACCCAAUUGCAGUGCCAGGGUGUUUGUGGAUGCGACAGAUUUACUAAUAGUUCUAUUAGGGGUGUUAUUCGAAGCAUAGUUCAGAAGGAUGGAUAUCGAGGAUUGAUGAGAGGGUGGAAGCCCAGGAUGCUCUUCCAUGCCCCUGCAGCGGCUAUCUGCUGGUCUACAUAUGAAGCAGGAAAAACAUUUUUCCACGGAAUGAAUGCCAAUAAGUAAGCAAGUAAUCUUCUUUUAAAAGGUGAACGUAUUGUGGACUCUUCUUUUCCUGUUGUACUUAGGAGGAUGACUUAAGUGUAACCAAAAGACAACACGGGAUUACUUUGCCCUUGGGAGAGCCACAGAAUUACUUCGUCCCGACUGAUAUAAAGCAAACAAAACGUCUUGGAAGCAUCUCUUUGAAGCUGAUAUUUUUUAUUUAGUGGGUGAUAAAUUGAUUGGUCGGGUAGAUAUUAAUUUGUAUUAUUGUAAAAUCACUAUCUUUGACUUCAAUAAUGUUGAUGAGAAAUCUUUUGAGGUGAUUGAAUACCUCUUUUUACUCUUCUCUGUAUUGGGUUAUGAACUAAGAAGUUUUUUCAGUGAAAUUCUCUACAUUGAAGUUUCUUUAUGUUGAUA